CCUCCGUCCGUCCUGUAGGUUCAUUCAAUCUCCCAUACACACAGACCCACUGCGAGACCGACACACACACGCACACGCACACACACACACACUCAAACACACAACUGCACGCAGCAAGGCUCGGGAAGUCAGGUCGCCUCUUCGCCUCGGCGCUUUAGUUGCUUCAGCCAGCCGGGUCUCCCCUGGGGCCCGGAGCUCGGCCGAGCCGCGCAGCCCCAAAAGAGGACGAGCUUGGCGGACCCCGGUCCCUCCAUGGGCAAACGCGGGCGGCCGCGCAAGGAAGCGCGCUGCGAGGGCGCGGGGCUGGCCCCCGCCGCGCCCCCGGCGGUGGCCGCGCCCCAGCCCCCGGCCCAGCCAGAGGAGCCCGCGGGGGCCAAGCUCAGGUGCCCCUUCUCGGACAUUUUCAACACCAGCGAGAACUCGAUGGAGAAGCACAUCAACACUUUUCUGCAAAACGUGCAGAUUCUGCUCGAGGCCGCCAGCUACCUGGAGCAGAUCGAGAAAGAAAACAAAAAGUGUGAACAUGGCUAUGCCUCAACGUUCCCCUCCAUGCCGAGCCCCCGGAUGCAGCAUUCAAAGCCCCCACGGAGGUUGAGCCGGGCACAGAAACACAGCAGUGGGAGCAGCAACACCAGCACUGCCAACAGGUCUACACACAAUGAGCUGGAAAAGAAUCGACGAGCUCAUCUUCGCCUGUGUUUAGAACGCUUAAAAGUUUUGAUUCCACUAGGACCAGAUUGCACCAGGCACACAACACUUGGUUUGCUCAACAAAGCCAAAGCACACAUUAAGAAACUUGAAGAAGCUGAAAGGAAGAGCCAGCACCAGCUAGAGAACUUGGAACGAGAACAGAGAUUUUUAAAGCGGCGUCUGGAACAGCUGCAGGGUCCUCAGGAGAUGGAACGAAUACGAAUGGACAGCAUUGGAUCAACUAUUUCUUCAGAUCGUUCUGAUUCAGAGCGAGAGGAGAUUGAAGUGGAUGUUGAAAGCACAGAGUUCUCCCAUGGAGAAGUGGACAAUAUCAGUACCACCAGCAUCAGUGACAUUGAUGACCACAGCAGCCUGCAGAGUAUUGGGAGCGACGAGGGUUACUCCAGUGCCAGUGUCAAACUUUCGUUCACUUCCUAGAACCCAGCAUGACAUAACAGUGCAGGGCAAAAUACUCACUGGGCCAAUUCAAUCCAAACAAUCUCUUAAAUUGGGUUCAUGUUGCAGUCUCCUCUUUAAAACUAAACAAAACUAUACUUGAACAAAAGGGUCAAAAGACCUCUAUUUAAGCAAAUACUUAGCAAAAAGUGGGGCAGAGCCUCCCCAGCAGAACAAAUAUUCAUAAUAUUCAUAUUUGAAAAUCACAGUUUCUAAUGGCAGCAGAAAACUUGUGUGAAAUUUUCUUGAUUUAAGUUGAUUUGAAAGAGGACAUUGGAGAUUCCAUCCUCUUUUUCUUUUCUGGGUUGCUCAUACUACACUGAUUCAGUAGACACAUUUAAGGAUGGGAUUAUGAACCCUUCUAAGUUUUUUGGUCCUAAAAACAAACAAAUAUCAAACCUAUAGUAAUGACAAGACAAGAUAAUCAGGCAUUAACCUUGGAUAGCUAAAGAGCUAUUAAAACUCAGCCUGGGACAGCUUAUCAUGAAGCCUGUGGAUGAUCAAUUCUUAAAACAAAAAACAAAACAAAAAAACACCUCAUUUCAUGCUCUGCAAAAGGAGAGACUCCCAUGAAGCCUUUAAAAAGGGAUCAUCAUAUGCAGCUCAGCUUUCUGUUGGAUUCCAUGCUAAGCAAGCUAACCUUAUCCUGCAUUGUUAGCACUAGGGCAACCCAACCUCCAGCUCAACAGUCAGCCGCCCUUAGGCCCAUGGGCAGCAUGGGGCAGUCCAUGUGCAUGACAGCCUCUACCACGCAGGGCCUGAGUUUGGAUUGAGGGGCCGGAAGGAAAAAGUUCCACGUGCCUCUGUGUCUGCGUGAGCCAGAAGAGUUGUCCACACAGAUUAGCAGGCCAAGGUCUGAGCCACGGCAGCAUUUUUAUUUUCAGAUUUUGAUAACUGUUUGUAUGUGUUAAAAACCAAAAUGACAUCUUUUUAAAGCUUGUCCAUAAUAGACGUCUUUUAUAGUGAAAAACACAUGGGAAAAAAAAUCAUCUAUUUUGAUGCAGCAUUUGAUAAUGAUAAAACACCUCACACCUCACUCUUUAUAGUGCACAAAAUGAAUGAGGUCUGGGCUAAGUAGAAAAAAGGUCAAUGCUGUUUUUGUUUUGUUUUAGAAUCAUUACCUUUUACCAUCUUUUAACCAUCUAUAGUAGACACACUAUCAUAGUUAACAUAGUUAAGUUUGGCACUUGUCUCAAUUUAUGUGAAGAUUUGCUUCCGUUUUCCUACAGGCAGUCUCUCUACUUCCUCACAAUCCCACUGUGCAGGUGCUAUUGUCCCUCUUGUCAAUAUUUUCAGAAAUGUUAUUUUCUUUUAAGUGAAAUUUCUAGCCUGCACUUUGAUAUCAUGUGUUCCCUUUGUCUUUCAAACUCCAAGGUUCUCCCCUGGCCCUUUCCUUGACCCUGGGAAGCCUUGGAAACCUUACCUUGGCUCUUUGGACUUUGUAUACUUUAAAUAAUUUAACUACCCUUAAUUACUUAAAAAAGAAAAAAAAGCUUUAUGAUUUUCAUAACUUAUUGCUGAUUUUAAUGGGUUGUUAAUUUCAGUCCUGUAGUUUUAUUUUGUUUAGAUAGGGCUGGGCAAGGAAAAAGGAAAUAAAGACAACCAUAUUUAGCAGUGCAGAUGAGUUGUGUGUGUAAUGUUAGACUAUCCUUUGUAAGUAGCACUUUAACAGCUCUCACUGCUUCUAUAUAUGAAGUGAACCAUCUUGGUCAUACACAAGGCCUCAUCAUAUAUUUACUUGUCCUUGUGCUCUUCCUGUGCCUCCAAAAAUAUUUUAUCCUUGAUUGUGGUAUGUAUGAGUGGAAGAAAUUCUUUGAAAUAGAUGUGUGAAAAACUGCAUGCCUUUAGAAGCCCAUUAUUAGAACUUGUUACUUCAGGUGCUGGGGACUUAAUGAAAAACAUGAUAAAUUCAUUUAUGCGGCCCAGGUAAAUUAUUUCUGGUUUCAUUUAUAAUUACUCCUGGCCAGGUCAAAAUGUUGCCCUAUAUAUUUGUUUUCCCAAGGGAGACAGUUUGAAGACUGCUAAGUACCUUGGAAAGUAAAUGGAAGCCAAUGACAGAAUUUCCAUUUUGUUGUUCCCAUGGCAUUCAUUUGCAUCACUUGUCUAGGGCUGGAAUUUGGGACUUUAUUCAGGUGAACUUGAGGUGCUGCCAUUUUGUUGUGUAUGUACAGGAUGGUGGGCUGGGAAGCCUUUGUCACAAACCUAUAGUACUUAUUUCAACUCCCCCCUAAAUUACUCCUUCCCUGGAUUUGUUUUCCUUGGGGGAGGGGAAUGGAUUGUAUGAUGAGUAAGAAGUAUUAAUUUUUUAAAAGACAAAUCGACUUUGAAGAUACAAAAAGUUAACUGCAAGAAAUAAAAAUUGUGAAUGAA